GUUCAUCCUGGAGUUGAAGCCAGUAUUACGUCCAUGUGUGACUCACUUCGAGGUGGUCAGCUAAUCUUGACCAGGAAUCGGAGCCGAAGAGCGUUAGUCAUGUAUAUUCCGAGACUUGCGGAGUACAGUAAUGAGUCGAGUAGAUGACGAGUACCAAGUAUUGACUAUAUGGAGUUCUUUAAAAGUGCCGAAGAUGAACUGUUGAUCUGUCAGCUCUUUGAAACUCAAUGAAGCAGAGAUAACGAGUGUUGGGAGAAUGAUUCAUAACAAGGAUGCCGAAGUGACUGAUGUUUCCGACCGGUAUUCCUGGUGGACCAUAGGAUGGCAUAAAAGCCACAGGGCAGAGGAACCAUUAUUUCGUCAACAAGCUACAAUGUCACCUCCCAAAGUCUGGCUCAUAACGGGGACGUCCUCAGGAUUCGGAAGAUCCAUGACAGAGUACGCACUCAACCAAGGUGACAUCGUAGUAGCAACCCUCCGUAAACCGCAAGUCCUAUCCGAUCUCGCAGCCCGAUACUCAGCAGACAAGCUCCUCGUGCUCAAAGUCGAUGUCACGAAGCAAGAAGACAUCGACGAAGCAUUUGCGCGCACGCGUUCGGCGUUCGGACGGCUAGACGUAGUGUUCAACAAUGCGGGAUACGGAAUUAUCACGGAAAUCGAAGGCACGCCCGAUGAUAAAGCGCGUGAGCUUUUCGAGACAAACUUUUGGGGGGCGACAUACGUUAGUCGUGCUGCGGUGAAGUUUUUUAGGGAGGUGAAUGAACCGGGCAAGGGGGGGAUGAUUCUUCAAAACAGUUCGGUUGCUGGGUUCAGUGCGCUCCCUGGGUUGAGUUAUUAUGCUGCGACCAAACAUGCGCUGGAGGGGUUCUCAGAUGGUCUCGCGAAAGAGCUGUCGGCUUCCUGGAACAUAAAUAUCUGCAUCAUCGAACCCGGAGCAUUCCAGACAAACGGAGCGAAUGGGGCAGUGGUAUUACCGCAGCAUCCAGCAUACGCUGAUGAGUCCUUUGCGAGUUCCAAAUUGCGUCAGAUGUUUGAGGGUGUGGUUUUGGAAGGAGACGCGGACAAGUUCACGCGGACUCUGUAUGAGGUCGUACAGGGAGGAAAGAUACCAAAGCGGUUGCCUAUGGGUUUGGAUGCGGUUGAGUUGCUGAAUCUUAGGAUUGAGGAUUUGAAGGCGACUGUCUAAAUAGCUUUGGUGUUUGAGUUGUGUAUAUGUGAUCAGCUGCUCUCAGCAACAUGAAUUAGCUUAGAUUUGCACGGCCGGGACUCAUGUACUGGGUUACAAAUAUUCUCAGGCUAUAGGGAGUUGUAAACCAGAGCAGUACUGAGC